AUGCUGGCUAGAAAAAGGCAGAGUAUUACUGGUAAAACUCCAAUAAAACAUAUACCUUCAAUAAAGCCAUCGAAAACUCGCAAAAUCAUCAGAAGAUUUCAUUUCCUCAUUCAAAAGAGGACGUUGAUAUGUAAUAAGUUGGGCUUGGUGCUUUUAGAUAAUGAUGAACAAUUUAAUCAGCAGUUAAUAGAAUCUGAGGUACGGAAAAGAGGCAUGUGGUGCGAUUACGAAGUGGGCUUAGGUUGUCAUGUGGGAAUAAAGAUGGAGCAGCAAUUAUUAGCAGUCCAAAGGUGCGACGAUAUACUACUAUUAGUAAAACUUUUAGGUUUUAUAAUGGCUGAGCUCAAUAAAAAUGGUGGAUUACAAAAUUACCAGCUUGCAAGUACUAUUGGGCAAAGCGGGAAACGUGGAGGUGAUUCCUCCAAAAUACUAGUGAAAUGGUUUAAAGAAAUGGGGUACUCAAAAGGAAACGAUCUCAGGGUAUUAGAAAUCGGAUCUUUAAGUGCAUCAAAUUACAUCUCAACAUCUGGGGUAUUCAAUCCCGUUAUUCGAAUAGAUCUUAACUCCAAGGAUCCAGGAAAUAUUUUACAACAAGACUUUAUGCAACGUCAAAUCCCAACCUCCGACCAUGAUAGAUUUGAUCUAAUAUCCUGUUCAUUGGUGUUAAACUUCGUGUCUACCCAUUAUCAGAGAGGAGAGAUGAUCCUCAGAUUUCAACAGUUCCUGCGAUGUGACACUGACAAGACCUUCGUGUUCAUAGUACUACCUCUCCAUUGCAUGACCAACUCCCGAUAUAUGAAUACUGAAUACUUCUGCAACAUAAUGUCAUCAUUAGGAUACCUCAAAAUACAAUAUCAUGAGGCUAACAAAGUCGUCUACUUUCUCUUUCGCCGGCAACCGUCGGUAUGCUCAUCUCCGCAGUCUCUCCACACUUACUCAACAAAACACAAGUUAGCAGAUCGUCCAGGAAUGAACAACUUCUCAAUAACUCUGCCUGUCUAUAAACACUAA